GCCGAGGACGACGAUGGCAUGGUGGCGCUGGAGCACGUGCCUCCAGAGGACAUGAUGACGUCGGCAGAGAAGAGCCUCUGGAAGGGCAUCCUCGGACGCAGGCCGACGGAGCCGCCCUGCCGGAACGAGGAGCCCGAGGUCAGCCCGGAGCCGGAGGUGUGCGGCCGCGAGCCGCCGGCCGACCUGCUCGAUGCGGACUGCUACACGGGCCCGGGCGCAGGGGGUGACCCCCGCUUACCCGGGCAGCUGGAGCAGCAGCCGCCGCUGAUGGACUGA